AUGGUCGUUCAAAAUCGUUAUACUCAGGCUUUCGAGUCCCCUUCACCAUCAGGAUCUCCUUCUCAAGCAUCAUCUUCUGGUAGCGAUGAUUUGAGUCCUGGGCCACCACCAGAUGAGGAUAUGUACCCUGACCAGCCUGAAUACACCCUCUUCGAAGUUGUCGUGGGUGUCACUCCCCAGACGCUCCAGUGUAUCCGGCUUUAUUUUCAUCGCCUCUGGCAGAUUGAGGCGCCAAUUUCAUUACGCUUCCAGGAUAACCAGAUUGUCACAUUUGAUGACUCUAUUAUCCCCGUCCAUGGAUUGUCUCGAGCUCUUGCUAAGAGGGACUUGUACUCCGAGGAUUAUCAUAAGCCUGAUCUCGAUGGCCAAGGUCCCUCGAAUUUGCCACGAGGCAGCGACAACCGUGGGCCUGGUCAGCGACAGGACAGCCGAAGCAUGACUUUCAACUGGAAGCAAGCUAUCCUGGCCAUGCUUGCAAUUCUUCUUAUCAUCCCACAAUGGAGGCGCUUUUUCCCAUCGUCCAGCUUCUCGCACAGCCCAACAUUUCCCAUCCACCGCCCUGUGGUUGAAGUUGCCAAUACUGUCAAUUCAAUGCCUGGCAUCUUGGCGGAUAUAACGGAAACUCUUGAGGACUACAAAGGAAAUUUGUCGUCUAUGAUCGCUGUUCCUGAGCGAUGGGCACUGGCCUGCUUGCAUAAGGACGAAGAAGCAGGGAUGCCCUUGUUCAGUAAGAAUAGGCUGAACAAAGCUGUGUGUGACGCGGGGCUUAAAGAAUACGAAAAGGCAACAGAGAGAGACGCUCAUGAUCUCAUCUCUCGUUUGAAGGACCUUAGAAACGCAAUUCAAGAUGCAUCUUAUCGAAUUGAGCAUCUGGCAAGAGCUAUGGGGGAUAACCUUGAGCCACAUAUCCGAGCGGUCUUAAGAUCUUGCAUAGAGAACUUGACCAUGGAUUGGCAUGAACAGAGAGAGCCGAGCGAUUUUACAUUUUGGUAUCUCGUGCCACUUGUCAAGCAGAAGAGAAGCCACUGGAAAUAUACCUCAGACUCAUCAAUAACCGCAGAGGACAGUUAUCUGAGAACUAAACUUGUCACCAUGAACCUACCAGAGGCUCUCCAGAACCUGGAACAUCACCUCACCAUCACGUUCCUGUCACUCAAAAAAGUCUCUGAAUUGGAUCUCCAGCUUUCUGUCGUCCUCCAGAAACUCAAUCUUACGGCUGAAAAACACACCAACAAUGAGACGAGGCUAUCGUGGGCACGGUUAUCUUUACAUCAUUUGAGGGGAGAAGUUCAGCGUCGUAAUGAGGAGCUUGAGGCCUUUCAGGUACUCCUCAAACGUCUGAUUUGGAGGCUUUAUGGAAGCGAAGGACAGGAGUACGUGGCAAAGACAUUUCCUGAUCUACCUGAAACUUCUGUCGACACUCUUGACAUGUCGGCCUUGAUCUCGAUUGCCCUGGGGAUUCAGGACAGCGAGACUGCGCGAAGCAACAUGGGGGGACUAUGGCGGCAAAUUGGUUGGAGCAAUGGAGGACGCGACUUUGAUAUUAGCUUCCCAUCUAGAGACAAACAGCGCGAAGCCUUGAGGUUUGCGGCAGGAGGCCGUUUCAGAGGUUCAGAUUUGGGAGACAGUUAG